GUUUCGAACGGCCGAUUUCUUCAUUCUAUUGUCGAUUUGUCGUGGUUGCGAUUGAGAUCGUCGCCCUCUUCUUCUUCUUCCUUGUUCAUCUGUUAUUCGGCGAGUCUCGGUCGAUGGCGGCGGAAGCGGAGAGCGUGCGCCUGGAGGAGAUUGUGCGGAGGGGGAUCGCAUUUUUCCCUUUCUUCUUCGACGUGGUUGGCACGGACGACGCGGCGUCGGAGCUGGAGCGGCUCGUGAUCUUCAAUCCGCUCAGCCGGAGGGUGGUCGUCCUCCAGAGCGAUCCAGGGAUCAUACACAGCCUGAUGUCUUCCGAUACGGAGGCUGGCGGGCCGCCGCCGGCCUCCGAGGCGUCGAUCGAGGCCCUUAGGGUUGUGGACCCGGAGGAGAUCGGCGCCGAGGAGGAAUGCCCCGUGUGCUUGGAAUGGAUGCGAGGACACGAGGCUGCGUACGAGGAGGAGGUGGCGAGGGAGAUGCCGUGCGGGCAUCGUUUCCACGGCCGGUGCAUCGAGAAGUGGCUGGGGAUGCGGGGAUCGUGCCCGCUGUGCAGGUAUCAGAUGCCAGCGGCGGAAGAGGAGCCGAAGAAGGUCGGAGGAGAAGAGAGCACGAGGAGUAGAGAGGUGUUCGUGACCAUAACUUUUGGGAGAAUGGAAGGAGAAGAAGUUAGUCAACAGCAGCAACAAGAGGAAGGACAGAGGGAAGCCCAAUGAAGUGGGAAUUGAAUGAACACAGCAAUUGGAUUUUUGUCUUCAAAAUUCGCAUUUAUUAAUUUAAAAUUUCAUCUCUCAAAGAAAUUCA